AAGGUGCGGCACGGAGGGCGGACGUUUUUCAGAUGGGCAUAACUUUCCCCCACUGAGGACGAGAGAAGUGGGGAAGGUGCCGUUAGACUCGUGUGUUCCUAGCAUUUAUUAUUAUAUUAUAAUUUAUACUGAUCGAUCAAAAUGAGAACCUCAUUUUGUUCAUGAGUGACGAAGCCCACUUUCACCUCAACGGCAUGGUUAACCGGCAGAAUUGCCGUUAUUGGGCUAAUGAAAAUCCACAACACUUACACGAAAGACCGCUGCACAGCCCAAAAGUUACGGUUUGGUGCGCUGUAUCGCAAACUCGCAUCAUUGGCCAUUACUUCUUCGAAGACUUUAAUGGUCGUGCUGUUACCGUGAACUCAGAGCGGUACGUCGAAAUGAUCAACAACUUCUUUAUCCGACGUGUGUGGUUCCAACAGGAUGGGGCGACCGCCCACACAGCCAGAGCAUCAAUGGACGUUAUUCGCCCUCUCUUCCCUGGUCGCCUUAUUUCCAGGUUUGGCGAUGUUCAUUGGCCUCCCCGGUCCCCAGAUUUAUCCAUAUGCGAUUUUUUCUUAUGGGGACACCUCAAGGCUAGAGUAUACGAGACCAAGCCCCGAACUCUGGACGAAUUGAAAAGGGCUAUUCGCGUGGAAGUUGCCCAAGUUGAGAGAGCGAUGUUGGAGAGAGUCUACGCGAACUUCCAAGAGCGCCUCCAGCACUGCAUCACCGAUUUCGGCCACCACAUGCCUGAUGUGAUUUUCCACACUUGACUGUCUCAAAUGCUAUUUCCUUGAGAAUCUGAUUCCGUCAAUAAAUGUGUUUUUGAGUAAAAAUUAA